AACUGCCGGCGGGCCGGGUGGGGGCGAGGCCUGGCGGGAGGGGCGGCCCUUCCCGGCACGCAGCCCCGGAAGCACGGCCGCGCGAGCUCUCCGAGCCGGCAGAAGCGUCGCUCCCGCAGCCGCCGCCGCCGCCGCCGCCACCACAUCCACAGUCAUGCCGAAGCACGAGUUCUCCGUGGACAUGACCUGUGAAGGCUGCUCAAAUGCCGUCAGCCGGGUGCUCAACAAGCUGGGAGGAGUUGAGUUUGACAUUGACCUGCCCAACAAGAAGGUUUGCAUCAACUCUGAGCACAGCGUGGACAUUCUGCUGGAGACCCUGGAGAAAACAGGAAAGGCUGUUUCCUACCUCGGCCCCAAGUAGCGAGGGCCUGGACCCCUGGGCCCAAGAUGGACCAAAGGGAGCAGACCAGGAAACUGCAACCUCGAUUUGCCCAAGGCCUCACUGUUCCUUGGUGUUGGAUCAGAGUUUGGACUUAGACAGUGCACCUGCAGAGCCUGCUCUUUGACCUCUAUGCUAAGAACGACUGCCUUCCACUAAUGGUCUUGGAGUGAGGAGGACAGACUACUACGGAGCAGAAGCACCUCAUCACCCCUCGGGUAUCACAUCCGUUCAGACCCCCUUUGCCCCCAGUCUGUGCUCCGUCAGCAGCAGCUUGAUGUCUAAUUCAAGAUGUCUCAGCACAGGGAAUAGCGUGCCCUGAGGUGUGGAUACCAAACUUUCCAGCAGAGCAAGAGCCCGUCCCUCAAAUUUACCACGACCACCUGUCCUGUAUGUCCUACGCUGUCUGUGUGAGCCAUCCUCCAACACUGCAAAGGUGACCAAAUGGAGCAUCAGGAUCUGCAAACAUCCUGACCUUAGGUGUGGGGACACAUCUCAUGACCUCCCCCAUCUCUGGACCGUCUCUGGACCUUGCCUGAACGCCUGCAGCAGGUCCCCCUCCGUGACAGGUUUCUGUGUUGUAUACAGGGCCACCACAGCCCCAGGGCCUUUCUGCCUGUUAUCACUCACUUUUCCCUGGGCAAAGGAGCUGAGGAAUUGUCCGGCCUAAUGGACAACAGGAAGCUGUCAGGACUUAGAGCACCAUGGAGUUGCUGUGGAGACCUGAGCUGUUUAGCUCACCCCAGCUCUUCAGGUUUCUCCUUGUCCUCCAGCACAGGAAGCUUCUAAUCCACUCCAGAGGCCAAGGAAGGAUGAUGGGAUGAGGUAAUGGGCCUGAGAGACUUUAUCUUCGAGAAGGUUCUGGAAGGGCCCAGGGGCCGAAGGUAUUGUUUUUGUCCUUAGGCGGACCACCUUUCUGAGAGGAAUGUUGGUGGGGGUUGGGCAUGCUGGGCAGCCCGUUCAGAGGACAGGGGGGUUGGGACAGUGAAAGGCCAUCAGCAUCACUGACCUGUCUCUGUCAAGAGCAUCACCCUGGAAAAUCGCAGAGCUUCACAUGGCCCAGUCUGUGCAGAGUCCCAGUGGAAGAAAACAAAGUCCCACAGUCACAAGUCAUUUUUAGAAGCUCUAUAAUCUUUACUUCUCUAUCUCUAAGAGCAUUAAAAAGGAUUUAAUUAAUAAUCCAUACAAAAUCCAUUUCUGUUCUGUCAGAUUCCUUCAUCUCUUCAUUCCUAUUGCCUAACUGCCAGGAAACUGCAAAACCCCACACGUGGGACCUGUGGAUUUUUGCCUCUUCCUUCCUUCCUAUUAACUAAAAAAACCGCCUCUUUAGCACUUCUUAUUUUGAACUAGCCAUCGAUUCACAAGAAGUUGAAAAGACAGUAGUACUCAGGGGUCCCAUGUAUCCUUUACCCAGUGUCCUGCAAUGGUCACAUCUUACAUAAUUCUUUCCUCUUAAAUUUUAAUAGCUCAUCUAAUCCUUGCAACAACUCCAUGAGAUCACUAUUCUCAUGACCAUUUCACGUAAGAAGAAACUGAGUCCCAGAAAAAUUACACUGUUCAAGAUCCCUAGCAAUUUGGUGCAGAAUUAGGACUUAGAAUCAGAUUUCUUGACUCCAGAAUUUGCCCAUGCUUACAUGAAUUCUUUUUUUUAGAGAGAGGGAGAGCAUGCACAUCAGUGGAGGAGGAGGGAGAGGGAGAGAGAGAGGGUCUUACACAGGCGCCUCAGAGCCUGACAUGGGGCUGGAUCUCAUGACCCUGAGAUCAUGACCUGAGCCGAAAUCAAGAGCUGGACACUUAACUGACUGAGCCACCCAGGUGCCUCUAUAAUAAUUUUUCCCCAUCCCCUCCUUCCUGACCCUCUCCAGGAAAGAGGAAAAAUUCUAGAGGCCCAGCCCCUGAAGGAAUAUAGUUCUUCACAUGCCUCAAGAGAGUAAGGGCCAGAGUUUGCUAAAAGUUGGAGGAGCCUCCCCUACAUAACUUGGCUGUGGAGUCAUCAAAAUUAUGCUUGUGACUCAGACAGCAGCUCCAGACACUGCUUCAGCCCCUUUCCGAAGCUGGAACCAAUUUUCUCCUCCCCUUAAGGCUGCUCCUUGCCUGGUAUCUUUCUUCCUCUCUCCCAGCCUGCUUUGAUGUUUCUCUAUAGCCAGAGGGUGAGUCUCCUCUGCCACUAAGGUCAUCUCCUUUCUCUUAAAGGUCUCACUGUGGCUCACCUUGUCUCACAGACAACGAGAAAUGGCUCUGUGCCUGCUGAAUAAACGUGAGACCUCCUCAGAGCCAGAAAUCUGGUUUCUUCUCUUGAAAGCGACAGGAAACCCAACCCAAAAGAGCAAGAAGCAAAAAGGGAUUGAUUGGCUUCUGUUAGCAAGAAGUUGAGGAACAGGGCUGUAUACCACGUAAGGAUUGCUCUCGGCUGUGUGUCACAGAAACUCGAUUCCCAAAGCCUGUAUUGCACUUUGCAAAGCACUGGGCCAUCUUGGGAUGCUGCAGAGUAGAAGUCCACAGUGCUGCCACAGCUGCUUGGGUCAGCCAGCCCUGGUGGCCUGCACCCCCAGAAGAAAGGGGACAACGGACGAGUCUCCCUCCACAGGCUUGCCCAGAAGCCCCAGGCACUGACUUCUGCUACAAGUCGUUGGCCAGAAGCAGGUCACGUGGCCUCCCUGCACUACCACGGAGUCUAGGAAGUGGAGUAUUUGGGGUUGGACAUACAGCUCCCUGAGCAAAACUGAGGGUCUGUUGAUUAGUCAGCGAAAGAGCAGACAAGUCACGGCGUCUGCCCCAGGCCGGUGUAGGGGCCCAGGCCAGCGUCCCAGGGCCAAUCUCUAUCUCUGUCUCUGUCUCUCUCCACUUUGUCCUCCUUCACGUGGGCUUCUUGCUCACGCAGGCCUCCGUGUGAGCUCAGGAAGGCUGCUGCUACUUUUGGAUCUGACCUCCACUCCUAGUCCAGCCCAGGAGGAAAAGGCCAGAUUCUGUGUUGCAUUCCACCUCGUGUUCCUCCCUGAAACUGUUCCUGCGGCCGUGGAGAAUGGGAUGGCUUAGCCUAGUCUCAUGCUCUUUUUUUAAAGCUGGACUAAGUGCAGGAGAAGGUAUUACCCGAGAAGGAAAUGAAGGCGUAGUUCCCAAAGAAGGGGAAAUGGAUGCCGGUGGCCCCAAAUCAAACCCAACAAAUCAUAAACAAAUAUUCUCCUGCCAAACCUCAGCAUCCUUAUGUUCAGAGAUUCUUAAAUCAUGAAGGUGUGGGAGAGCUUCCUAAACAUUUGAUUAAAAUUUCAUGUUUUAGGUCAGUGGUUCUCAAAGUGUGGUCAGGGUACCUGGGGGGUCCUUUGAAGGUCCAAACUAUUUUCAUAAUACUACUAAGAUGUUGUUUGCCUUUUUUAUUCUCAUUCUCUCACAAGUGUCCAGUGGAGUUUUCCAGAGGUUACAUGACACGCAGCUCUGACACCUGAUAUCUUUGCACAUUCUUGUGUUUUAAAAAAGAUCUUAGCUUGGGACGCCUGGGUGGCUCAGUCGGUUAAGCGUCUGCCUUCAGCUCAGGUCAUGAUCCCAGGGUCCUGGGAUCGAGUCCCGCAUCGGGCUCCCUGCUCCGCGGGGAGCCUGCUUCUCCCUCUGCCUCUGCCUCUCUCUCUCUCUCUAUCUCUCAUGAAUAAAUAAAUAAAAUCUUAAAAAAAAAAAAGAUCUUAGCUUUAAUUUCUAAUGCAGUAAAUAUUGAUCUUUAUAGCCCACUAAAUGAAAGUUCUUUAAGGGCCACAAUAAUUUUUAAGAAAAUAAAGGGGUCCUGAGACCAAAGGUUUGAGAACCAUUGUGAAGGGUAGCAGAACACACCACCCCACAUCACUGUGGCCUAUUUUGAAGUAGCAUAUUUCUGCUACCCUUUAAUGUUUUAGAUAUUAAGUUUACUUGAAAAUCUCAAAUAAGACACUCUUAAAUCUUAAGUAAUGUCACAUAACAAGUUGUUGUUGUUGUUUUUUAAGAUUUUAUUUAUUUAUUUGACAAAGAGAAAGAGAGCAUAAGCAGGCAGAGGGAGAAGGAGAAGCAGGCUCCUUACUGAGCAGGAAACCCGCCCUGGGGCUCAAUCCCAGGACCCUGGGAUCAUGACCUGAGCCGAAAGCAAAACUCCAACCAACUGAGCCACCCAGGCAUCCCUACAUAACAAGUUUUACCACAUUCUAGGCCCUCAUCGGUUAACUUUUCCCAUCAGUCAGGUUUAACUGCAAAUGACAGAAAACCAAAAGUAGCAAUGUCUUAUGUAAAAAUUUGUCUUGCUCUCAUAUAAACAAAAUGUGGAAGAAAGUGAUCAAGGGCUAGGACUGUGGCUCCAUGAUCACAACCACCUAGAUUUACUCUAUUUUGUUGCUCUGCCACACUCAGCUUGGGGGUUAAACCUCAUGUUCCAAAUAGCUGCUUAAACUCCACCCACCCCAAUUACAUUCUGUCAGCAAGACGUUUCCAGAAAUUGCAAAUGGUACCACUGCUUAUACUCUUUUGGCCAGAACAUAGUCAUGCGGCCUACCCACAAAGGAGUCUGAAAAAUUCAGUUUUUCAAAUUCAGUUCGUCAUAUACCCAGUUAAAAUCAGAGUUUUUAUUCCCAAGAAAGAAAAGUAUAUAAAAUAUCAGGGGUCAGCUAUGAAGUUAACUUGUUUGUGCAGACUGUGGAAUAAAAUUUCUCCUCUAUUCCCUGUUUAAUUGCAAAAUAUCCUCUGUUUCAAAGAGAGCUGUUUAAAAAUGGUGACCAUUUUCAAGUAUAUCUAUUAUCUCUUCAAGUUGGUAUUUUUCUCAAUAUCAGAACAAUAAAUUAUUGUUCAGUGAAUUGGCUGCUGAAGCUGAUUCAAGUCUGCA